AUGGCCCGGGAGGGCCCGGGCCCUCAGGCCGCCAGCUCCCGGCCACUGCGUCUGUCUCCCGUGAAGCUGUCUGAGCUCCAUGCUGACCUGAAGAUACAGGAAAGGGAUGAGCUCAACUGGAAGAAAUCGAAGGCCGAAGGCUUAGAUGAAGAUGGCGAGAAAGAAGCAAGGCUUACACGCAACCUCAACGUCAUCCUGGCCAAGUACGGGCUGGACGGGAGAAAGGACACCCAGGCCACAAGCAACUCCCUCAACGGUGGUGCCCAGGACGACAGCCUGGGGGACCCCCGGCUGGAGAAGCUGUGGCACAAGGCGAAGACCUCCGGAAAGUUCUCCAGUGAGGAGCUGGACAAGCUGUGGCGGGAGUUCCAGCACCACCGGGAGAAGGUCCUCGAGUACAACAUCCUGCUGGAGACUGUGAGCAGGACCGAAGAAAUUCAGGAAAACGUCAUCAGCCCCUCGGAUGUGAGCCACAUCAAGGGGGACGUGCUGCACAGCAGGCACGUGGAGCUGAAGGACAGGCUCCGGGGCAUCAACCAGGGCUUCGACCGCCUGAGGAAGGUCAGCCACCAGGGCUACGGCUCCACUGCUGAGUUUGAGGAACCACGAGUGAUUGAUCUGUGGGACCUGGCCAGGUCAGCCAACUUCACUGAGAAGGAACUAGAGUCCUUUCGGGAGGAGCUGAAGCACUUUGAAUCCAAAAUUGAAAAGCAUAACCACUACCAGAAGCAGCUGGAAAUUUCUCAUCAAAAACUGAAACAUGUGGAGAGCUUAGGUGACGCUGAGCACGUCAGCCGGAACAAAGAGAAAUACGCUUUGCUGGAGGAGAAGACCAAGGAGCUCGGCUACAAGGUCAAGAAGCAUUUACAGGACCUGUCCAGCCGCAUCUCGAGAGCUCGCCACAAUGAGCUCUGAGAGCCCUGGGAGCCGGCCAGCGGGAGGAAGGGGGCACCAGGGUCAGGGUCUCCUGAACACAGCCAGCGUGCGUGCGCGGUGGGGACGUGCCCCGUGGCCCUUGGCAGGGAAGGACCGGUUCACGUGCUGCCGUGUGCCCCGCACGGGGUCUGCGCAGCCACACCCAAGCUGCCCCGAUGGGCAGGGCCCCUUCCGUCAAGCAGGGCUGGUGGCAGCCCCAGGGGAACGGCUGAUUUCCAGCUGCCAGUGAGUGGUGGUCCUCGGUCCUGGGUGUCAGUCCAUGUUGGAAUCUCACAGAUCUGCCACUGGAGGUGCCAUGUGCACACAGAGUCCUUCACAAUACACUGGCAUAUAAGUCA